UUUUGGGAACUGAUAUGCGACGAGCACGACAUCGACCACACCGGAAAGUACACCGGCGACUCCGACCUCCAGCUCGAGCGCAUCAACGUCUACUACAACGAGGCCAGCGACGGCCGCUUCGUCCUGCACGUCGUCCUCAUGGACCUCGAGCCCGGCACCAUGGACUCCAUGCGCUCGGGCCCCUUCGGCCAGAUCUACCGCCCCGACAAUUUCGUCUUCGGCCAGUCCGGCGCCGGCAACAACUGGGCCAAGGGCCACUACACCGAGGGCGACGGCAACAACAUGAACCGCACCCACCAUCCAUGCUCCAAAUCUCGCUGCUCCCUUCCAUCCUCCACAUGCAUCGCCCCUUCCAUAGGAGGUAGUGCCCUUACCCGACGCCCCCUCCCCUACCCCCAUUAA